AUGGGUCGGGAGCUGAAUUUAAGCGAAAGCCGCAUAAUGCGUCAUCCAUUUCCAGGCCCGGGUUUAGCAGUUCGAAUUGUCGGCGAAGUAAACAAAGAAAGAGUCGAAAUGCUGCAGGAAGCAGAUGAUAUCUUUCUUCAGGAAAUACAUAAGGCUGGCCUCUAUAAUAAAAUCUCACAGGCAUUUGCAGUGCUGCUGCCAGAGUGUAGAUCAGUCGGUGUGAUGGGCGACGGAAGAAGUUAUGAAAGUUGUUGCGUUUUGCGAGCUGUAGAGACAGAGGACUUUAUGUCUGCAGAUUGGUGUCACUUACCCUAUUCUUUGCUUUCUUCAGCUAGCUCUAGAAUUACAAAUCAUGUUAAAGGCAUUAACCGAGUUGUCUAUGAUAUCUCCUCAAAGCCCCCUGCUACUAUUGAGUGGGAGUAG